AUGUCGUUCACCUCCCGCGCCAACAUGACUGUGACAGAACUUCAUAUCACACAAUGGCCACUGACAGUCGGCUUGUCCACCCUGGCCGCGGUUUUUCUUGGCUUCCUGGCAUUCCUGUCUUACACGCCUACAAUCCACGAGAAGUCACCCAAAUUCACAUCUCACACCAGCCCGUUCAUUGGGUCUUUCGGAUUCGGAACCGAUCCGUGGAACUUUUGGAAGGGAUCCAGGGACGAGUCCAAGACUGGAAACUUCAGUUUCUGGCUGGGCAGCCGACACAUUGUUGGCGUGACGGGCGAGGCAGCCCGCAAGAUGUUCUUUGAUCAUCCACAGAUGGAAUUUGUGCAGGGCCAGUUUAUCAGGGCCAUGGGAGUACACUUUUGGCCCCCCGUCCACGACAUCUUCAAGCCUGGCUUCCACGGCGGGCGGGCCAACACGUACUUCCUGCGGCGUCUCCUUGAGCUUCAAAAGACUGAGCACUUGAGCAAGUACCUUCCGCGUAUGUUGACCGAUGCCCGCCUGGGGCUCCGCGCCCUUCAGGAGGAUCCCCACGGCAUCACGAAUACAUCCGAUUCGUUCUGGCGCACGAUUUUCACACAGGACUGUCGCGUGCUUUGCGCCGAUGAGAUGGCAGACAGCCCGAGGCUUUUCGAGGGCAGCUCAGAUUCCGCGCGCACUUUGCUCCACACCUUCACCCAUUACAACGUCCACUUCCCCUGGCUACUGUCUCCGGCAUAUUUGAAGCGCCGCUAUGCGCGCUACAGGCUUUGGAGCAACGUCAAGGCCAUCGUGGAGAAGCGAAUGAAUCGUAACCCCGGGUCCGCGGACGAGCCCGUCCAGACCCUGAUCAACAACGGCGACGUCAAAGACCACGUGAUCGAAUUCUUCACAUCCUUGCUCUUCAUCGCCCCGGCCAACUCCAGCAUCAUCGUCGGCAAGAUCCUCAGCUUCCUCGCCAUGCGCACAGACCUGCAGGACAGGAUCUACGAAGAGGUCAGGUCCGUCGCCGAGGCACACUCGGGCAAGGGCGGCGGCAGCGGCUCGAGCCUCGUGGAGCAGCUCGGCUCGAUCCCGCUCGAGGCCUGGGAGUCGUCCUUCCCCACCAUCGGGCUGUGCCUCAAGGAGGCGAUCCGCAUGUGGACGGCGUUCAGUAUGGCGCGCUUCAAUGAUUCCGACAAGCCCAUCCCAAUCCCUGGGUCCGAUGAGGUCGUGCCUGGGAAUACCUUUGUCUGCUACAACACUACCGAGGUGAACUUCAGUGAGAAACUGUACCCAAAUGCCAAUUAUUUCGAUCCGGAUCGGUUCACGGAGGGUCGAGAGGAGUUUAAGAGGGAGACGUAUGGUUUCGUCGGCUGGGGCCAAGGUCGCCACAACUGCGCGGGGAUGCGAUGGGCCAAGCUACAACAGAACAUCAUCAUCGCCUACUCCUUGGCCAUGUAUCAGUGGAAGAACUGCGACGAAAAUGGGCAGGUGAUCACGGAUAUUGUGUACAAGCGUCCAAGAGCCUAA